CUGAGGUGGCGCUGCAGCGUGAAAGAGCCUGAACGUCAACCGGAAGAAGACGAGAAUAAACUCCGUAUAAACAACAUGGCGUCUCCCUGUGAGGUGUCAUGCCGAGCAGAUGUCAGAGUUGAGUUCAAGCAAAGUUGACUCUUUCGGUGAUUACAGUUUGUCCGGGCGGGCUGUGCGUCUUAUUUCAUCCGCAGACACGUCGUUGGAUGAGGAACAGCUCAUGUUGGCAUCAGUGGCAGUCAGGAUGGCAGCAUCUUCCAGAGGGAAGGUCAGGUCGCUGGUCUCUCUGAGCAGGACGCUGUCCACCAACAAGCCCGGUUCCGCGGCUGGAGAUUACCCUCCUCCGGCUGAAGCCCCCGCUUCUCCCCCGAACAGCGAGCCAGCCUCGGCGCCUCAGCGGAGACCCAAAAAAGACCCCAGCGGCUGCUCCGUGCUCCUCUUCCCCGGUCAGGGCAGCCAGUUUGUGGGCAUGGGCAGAGGACUUUUGAAAUACCCCAACGUUAAAGAAAUGUUCACCGUAGCCCAGAAGAUCCUGGGUUACGACCUGUGUUCCAGAUCUACUGGCAUUUCUGCAGAAAACGGUUCACUGUCAGCCGGCGUGUUUGUCACCUCCCUGGCUGCUGUGGAGAGACUCAACCAAGAAAACCCCAAAGCCAUUGAGAUGUGUGUCGCUGCUGCAGGUUUCAGUGUCGGAGAAUUUGCUGCUCUUGUCUUUUCUGGGGCGAUGAACUUUGCAGAAGGUAGAAAGACUUCUUUUUUGGGGUUUUUUGUGCAUUUGUAAAAGGUGUUUUAAUCACAACUUUGGUUAAUAUUCUGUAUUUACUCCUUAUGCUGCAUAAGGAGUAAAUGCAGCUCAACUCCCAGUCCUACUGCCAGUU